AUGGCAUCCAACAACAACGUCCCCGUCUACGUGCUGGGUGUGGGCCUAACCCAAUUCAUCAAGCCGCGACAAACACGUGCAUACCCGGAAAUGGGCUUCGAGGCGGGCGUGAAAGCCAUGCUAGAUGCACAAAUCACCUACGACGAUGUCCAGGCGGGUGUGGCGUGUUAUUGCUACGGCGACACGGCGUGUGGCCAGCGAAUCUUUUACCAGUUUGGCAUGACCGGCAUCCCCAUCUACAACACAAACAAUGCCUGCGCCACCGGCUCCACAGGCCUACACAUGGCCCGCACACUAAUCAAGCACGGCGCGAUCGACUGCGCCAUGGUCAUCGGCUUCGAGCAAAUGAAGCCCGGAUCCAUAACGUCGACGUGGACAGACCGGCCGUCCCCCAUGGGCCUCUCCAUGCGUGUCAUGGCCGAUACCCACGGCAUCAGCAACAGCCCGCCAAACGCCCAGUACUUUGCCAACGCGGGCGUCGAGUACAUGCAGCGGCACGGGGCAACAGCCCGUGAUUUCGCAGAGAUCGGACGCCUCAGCCACGAGCACAGCUCUCGAAACCCGUACGCACAGUUCCGCGACGUGUAUACGCUGGAGCAGAUUGAAAAGGCGCCGAUGAUCCACUAUCCGCUUACGAAGCUUCAAUGCAGUCCAACGAGCGACGGCGCUGGCGCCGCCGUGCUCGUAAGCCAGAAGUUUCUGGACGCCCGCCCGCAUCUCAAGGCGCAGGCUGUACUCAUCGCGGGCCAGGCGCUUGCAACAGAUAACCCGUCGCUGUAUACGCGGUCAGCUAUCGAUCUCAUCGGGUACGGCAUGACGCAGACGGCGGCGCGGGCCGCGCUGAAAGAAGCGAAUGUAAGUGCGAAAGACGUUAAAGUAGCUGAAGUCCACGACUGCUUCUCCACCAACGAGCUUAUCUUGCUCGAGGGCCUAGGCUUCAGUGAGCCUGGAAAAGCGCAUUUGAUGGUGCGAAAUGGCGAUAUCACGUAUGGUGGUAAUGGCCCGCUUGUGAAUCCCUCAGGCGGCCUUAUUAGUAAAGGGCAUCCGCUGGGCGCCACAGGUCUGGCGCAGUGUGCAGAGUUGGUGUGGCAGCUGCGUGGCUGGGCUAACAAUAGGCUUGCGGAGAACGUAGAUGUAGCACUGCAGCAUAAUCUAGGCUUGGGCGGCGCCGUCGUUGUAAACGUGUAUAAACGUGCGGACGGCAAUAAGGGCGUCAAGAUGAGCGAUGAGGAUGUCAAGCGCGUCAGCCAGUUUACAUAUAACCCCGCGGUAGAGGCCCGCUACAUCACAAAGGAAGAUGGCGACAAGGUCCGGAGCAAGACAGCGGCCUGCGAGUACGCUCUUGGCGACACCAUUGAGAAGAUUCAAAGCCGGUUGUAA